AUGGAUCUCAAUGAACUGCAAAAUUUUUAUCAUGCACGAAAUGCAUCAAAUAAACCUUGUUUUGUCGUGAAUAUCACUGCUGAACAUGGAAUCUGGCAAUCCGAAAAUCCCUUGACUCAAUCCCUUCCUCUUUUGGCAAUGCAACUCGCCGCCACCAUCUUCGUCACUCGUGCUGUUUAUUACCUCCUAAGACCUUUGGCCGUUCCUCGAAUCGUCACAGAUUUUCUGGGUGGUGUGCUGAUGGGGCCAAGUGCGUUGAGUCUGUUCCCUAAGUUUCGCGAUAUGUUCCCUUUGAGAAGCAUCGUGACAGUUGAAACAGUAGCAUAUUGGGCAUUGUGUUGCCACUUGUUUUUGAUUGGUUUAGAAUUUGACAUGUCUGUAAUUGAAAAUUUAACACGGACAAGCAAGAAGGCGAUCCAUAUUGCUAUUGCAGGAGUCCUCAUUCCUUUCAUUAUGGGAAUUGGCCUUUUCUUCCUCAUGAAUCAAGUCCCCGGAGGAGGAUAUAAUCCAACCGGAUGCGUCUACGUAGGUUUGUCACUGGCAGUCACAGGCUACCCUAUUGUUGCUCGAGUUUUAAAUGAUGUCAAGCUACUCCACUCGGAUAUUGGAAGAAUGGCCAUGUCAGCUUCUCUUGUCACUGACUUGAUUUCUUGGAUUCUUGUUAUUAUCGGGAUAGCAUUUUCUAACCAAACGAGUGGUGGUGCCUCAGUAGCAGUUCUUUCAACUGUUGGUUUCGCUUUGUUUUGCAUUUUCGUAGUCCGCCCGGCUCUGGCCAUCAUAAUCAGCAAAACAUCUAAGGAAAACGACUACAGUGAGAAUUAUCUAUGUUUUGUUCUGGUUGCGAUUUCUGCAUUUGCAGUUGUUACUGAUAUUCUCGGGACCAACUCCAUUGUUGGGGCUUUUAUUUUCGGGUUUAUCAUGCCGAAUAGGAUUCUAGCUGCUGCGUUCAUAGACAAAUUUGAGGACUUUGUGACGGGGUAUUUGUUGCCUCUAUUCUUCACGAUUUGUGGAAUCAGAAUAGAUAUUUGGUCACUUUUUGAUAAAAAGGCUCACUUGGCAAUAGGGUCGGUGGUUGUGGUACUUUCUUGUUCAGCAAAGAUUCUAAGCACUCUCUUUGUUUCUUAUUACGAAAACGUGCCAACUAGAGAUGGUUUCUCUCUUGGAAUAGUUUUGAAUACCAAAGGCAUCUUGGCAAUUUUGAUCCUUCAGUUAGGCAAUAGCGGAGAAUUCUUGAAUAAACGAGAUUAUACAGUGAUGGCGAUUUCCAUUUUGUUAAUGACGGCGGUUGUGGCUCCUGUGACAGCCUCCAUUUACCGCCCCGCAAAACAUUUAUCCAAUUACAAGCGAAGGACAAUACAGAAAGGAAGACAAGAUGGUGAAUUACGAAUCCUAGCAUGCUUCCAGAAUUUCCGCAAUGUAUCAGGCAUGAUUAGCCUCAUAGACUCCUCCAAUGCUACCAGAGAAUCUCCUCUCACUGUCUUUGCACUCCACGUCCUUGAGCUCACUGGCCGUGCCUCUGCUAUGCUCAUUGUCCACAGCACGGGCGGCAAAUCCAGUGGCUACUCUAGACAUGGCCGCAAAAACUCCCAUUCCGAAAAAAUAGUUACCGCACUUGAAACUUACCAGACUCUAAAUGACAACGUUAAUAUCCACGCCCUUACCGCAAUGUCCCCGCAUGCUUCCAUGCAUGAAGAUAUUUGCAGUCUUGCUGAGGAAAAACGUACAGCUCUUUUGGUCAUACCGUUCCAUAAGCUACCAUCUAAGGACGGGAAAUUAGAAGCUGAGGAUAACACUUCAUUUAGAGGUGUAAACCUCAAUGUGCUGGCUAAUGCGCCGUGCUCAGUUGGGAUUUUUGUUGACAGAGGAUUCGGGGUAUCCGAAAAUGGAGAAUCUAGUCUCACUAUGCGCCAGAUACUCAUGUUGUUCGUUGGAGGACCUGAUGACCGUGAGGCUCUAGCAUAUGCAUGGAGAAUGGGAGGGACAGAAGGGAUUGGUUUAACAGUAGUGAGAUUUCUUCCGGGAGAUCAAGUAGAAGAAAUUCAACCAAAAGACCUACUACCAGUUGGUGAGGCACACAAAAUGUUAACAUCCAUUACAUAUGUCGACAAUAACAGAAAACUAGACGAUGAGUAUGUGAACGAGUUCAGGCUUAAGACCUCAGGAGAACAAUUUGUAAGUUAUCAAGAGAAGGUAGUGAACAACGAUGAAGAGAUAGUUUUAGCAUUACAAGAAAUGCAUCACAUAUAUGACCUCUAUGUUGUAGGGAGAGGGGAAGGGAUAGUCUCACCUCUCACAGAAAGCUUGGCAGAUUGGUGCGAGUACCCAGAACUGGGGCCUAUUGGGGAUUUGCUAAUUACAUCAAGUUUUGCACAAGGCUCAGUUCUUGUGGUGCAACAAUAUGUUGGUUCUAAAGAUGGGAUCAGUAUAGCGGAUAUGUUAUCAGCAGACAAUUCGUCGCAUGGAAACCAUCAUUUCUCGAGCUGGGAGCGCUCAUCGCUGGAGGAUGGUGGCUUGGAGAUGGAGCCAUUUGCACACCAUAAAGGGAAAGAGGAUGUAGAUGCAUAG